UACAACUCGCGCUCCUUCCCCUCCACCCCGGCCCAUAUAAAGCUAGUACGACUAACAGGCCGUCUUCGGGCUGUUAAAUUUUCUCCUGUUGAUGGUAAGACUCUGUGAAAGAAGGAUGAAGUUCCUCGUAGCUGUUACAGUCAUUGUGGGCUCCCUGAUUUUCCUCGCUUUCCCAAAUGGCUCUUCUGCUGACGAGAAGAAGAAAGGCCCCAAAGUAACGGCCAAGGUCUUUUUUGACAUCAGAAUUGGAGAUGAAGAUGUUGGAAGAAUCGUCAUUGGCGUGUUUGGUAAAACUGUCCCUAAAACGGUUGACAACUUUGUCGCACUGGCAACAGGAGAGAAAGGAUUCGGUUACAAGGGCAGCAAAUUCCACAGAGUCAUCAAGCAGUUCAUGAUCCAGGGUGGGGACUUCACCAGAGGAGAUGGCACUGGAGGCAAGAGCAUCUAUGGAGACCGCUUCCCUGAUGAGAACUUCAAGCUGAAGCACUACGGCCCUGGCUGGCUCAGCAUGGCCAAUGCAGGCAAGGACACCAACGGCUCUCAGUUCUUCAUCACUACAGUUCAGACUCCAUGGCUGGACGGCAAGCAUGUGGUCUUUGGAAAAAUUCUAGAGGGCAUGGAUGUGGUGUCCAAGAUUGAGAACACAAAGACCGAUGGCCGUGACAAACCUCUUAAAGAUGUCACCAUCCACGACUGUGGCAAAAUUGAGGUGGAGAAGCCGUUUGCGGUUGCCAAGGAGUAGAGCACUGCUGUAGGGGGGAACAAUCUGGGGUGGGAAGGGGACAAAAAAGAAAAAAGAAAUUGGACAUGGUAGGGUGGUAGGCCACCUUGUAUUAUCACUAAACCUCCUGUGGUCCAGGGGUACUGGCUUUGAAGUCAUUCAGCAUCAGCGGCUGCCAUCUUAAAGCACCAGAAAAAAACAUUUAAUACAGUCAUGACGUCUCUCUGGGUCCAUUUAUACCGGUAAGCAUUCCAAGGUGCACUUAACUGUUCAUUGUCGGGAUAUUUUGUAAAAAAAAAAAUAAAAAUGAAAUCUUCAAUAAAGGUUUCAAUUUUUUGUUAAAAUCGAUGUCAGUUUGAUCCUUUUUA